GGACAGAGUCCUGUCAGUCAAACUACUUUCAACAAGUUUGUCUGCUCUCUUUGUGGGAGUUAAAUGUUUUGGAUUUGGCUCAAUCAGAAAAAUCGUUUCCUGAAGUGUGCUACAGUGGAACUUCUCAAAACUGCGCAGAAGACCUCACGUUGGCACGUUUGUUUCAGGGCUGAUGUCGACGAUCUGAGUCAGCAGAGUGGACGUGACCCCCUGGAUGUCAGGGACAGAGUGUUGGAGCCAUGGCUGCAGCUGGGGAGAGCCAGCUCCAGAGGAUCAUCAGAGAUCUGUACGAGGCUGUAGAAGAACUUUCAGAAGAGUAUAAGGAGAGUGAAGAGCCAAUCACAGAUGACAGCACCAACCUGCACAAAUUCUCCUACAGACUGGAAUACCUGCUUCAGUUUGACCAGAAGAUCAAAAGCACCUUUCUGGGUACAAAGAAGGACUACUGGGAUUACUUUAAUGACUGUCUGGCUAAAGUCAAAGGAGCCAAUGAUGGAAUCCGAUUUGUCAAGUCCAUCAGCGAGCUGAAAACGUCUCUGGGGAAAGGCCGGGCGUUCAUCCGCUACUCCCUCGUUCAUCAGCGACUGGCCGACACGCUGCAGCAAUGCCUGACAAACCAGAGAGUCACCAGCGACUGGUACAACGCAAGGAGUCCCUUCCUGAAGCCCGACCUCAACGCCGACAUCGUCAACCACCUGUACGACCUCAACCAGGUGAAGUUUGACGUGGCCCCCAGAGGUCAUGACCUGGAUGCGUCCUGGCCAACGUUUGCAAGGAGGACACUGGGAAGUUUAAAUUCCCCCGGUCACACGUGGAGACCCCCCAGUCGCAGUUCAAGCAUCAACAGUCUGGCCAGUAGCUACUCACAGCAAGCGUCCGAGUUCCUCUCCAGCUUCGAUCACGGACAGAGUCUGCUGAACGACCUGAACGAGUCGCUGCCCGCCUGCAUGGAGGACGUCGGCACUGUGGACAGCCUCCGCCUGGAGCUGGACCAGUCCGAGCUCAAGCAGCGAGAGCUGAUGGAGAAGGUGCUGCAGCUUGGCGAGGAAGCUGCGGAGCUCAGGGGGGUCACCGAGGAGCUUCAGAGGCAGCUCGACGUGUCGCUGUCAGCCCAAGAGGAGUACCAGGAAAAACUCAAGGCCGCGAAGGAGACGAACGACGCUCUGGCUCGAGAAGUGCAAGAGCUGAAAACUCAGGGAAAAGCCUCGGAGGCUCGGAGCGCCUUCCUCCAGGAGAAGCUGACGGCUGCAGAAGGGAAAAACGUGGAGCUCAUGGCUAAGGUAGACGGGAUUCUGAACGAGAAGGGUCUCCAGGCGGCCGUGCACUUCGACUCAGCGCAGAAGAUCCACGAGCUGCUGGACAGGCUGAAAGAUGCAGAGGAAGGGAAGAUGGAGGCCGUCUCGGAGCUGGAGGAGAAAAAACUGCAGACAAAAAAAAUGGAAGAAGACUUUAGAGUCAGAGAGGAGGAGGUAAAACUCCAAACGUUUACUAAAGCUAGAGCAGAGUUUGAGGAAAAAAUGAAGGAGCAAUGCGAUCAGUUCCAGAGGGAACUGACCAUGAAAGAAGAAGAGGCGGGGAACUUGCAGAGGGAGCUUCAGGGGGAGAAGAGGAAAGCCCGAGAAGACGUGGAGGUCCUGCAGAAGAACAUGAGGGAUUUGAAGGAGUCUUUGGAGGCAGAAGUAGCUGCACUUCAAGAAAAGCUUCAGAGGAAAGAAGCAGAGCUUCACUCCAGCAGUGAGACUCUGCAACAGCUGGAAGCCCGUCAGCUGGAGUUAACCUCCGAGAAGGAGAAACUGAUCACUACAGUCGCUGAGUGCAAAGAAAAGAUCCAAGAAGAAACCUCGAAAAAUGAAAAAUACAAGCUGGAGCGCGACAGUCUGCUGGAAUCAGAGGAGAAGCUGCGGAAGGAAAUGACCGCAAGCCUACGAGCUCUGGAGGCCGAACUGGCCGCUCUGAGGGCCUCUGAGAAGCAGCUCAGAGGUCAGCUGGAAGACACCAAGAUGACUGAGGAUGAAAAGGAGCGGCGGCUGCGUGAAGACAACCGCGCGCUGGAUGAGAGUCUGCAGCGUGCGGAGAUGGCAGCGAAGCAUCUGGAGGAGGAGAACGAAACCCUGCGACGGGAGAAGGACGCCAUGCAGGCGGCUCUCACGAGAACGCAGGAAGACUUAAGGAAAAACAGGGAGGAGUUGGAAGAGCGUUUACAGAAAAAUGAAGCGACGUUUCAGGAACAGCUUCAAGCCAAACAGGCUCAAGUAGAGAAUCAAGAGAAGGACUUUGUGGAGCUGCAGCUGAGGGAGAAGGAGCUCCAGGUGGCAAAAGCCAACGCCGAGGCAACAUGUGCAAAACAGACGGAGAUGAUUGAAAGAAUCACGUCGGAAAAUCGGGAGUUGGAGAAGUCGCGGCUGGAAAGGGAUUCUGCUCACGCCAGGGACAACCAAACGGUCGCCGCCCAGCUAAACGUGGCCGAAAAGCAGCUGGAGGUCAGGAUGGGCGAAGUAUCCAGGCUCCAAGCGGAAAUCCUGGAGCUGAAGGUGCAAGUCCAGAGAUCCGAGGAGGAGAAGCUGAAGUUCCAAGCCCAGCUGGAGGUGACGGAGGCCCAGAGAGACGAGCUCAGGUCUCUGACCGAGCAGCUCAAAUCCCAAACCGAAGCAGCCAAUCAGCAGCACGUCGCCGAGCUCGUGGAGGCAAAGAGGACGGAAAAGGAGCUUAUGGAGCAGCGCGACCGGGAAGCCGCCGCCCUCCGAGAACAGCUCUCCUCGCUGAAAGCUGAAAACAGCAGGCUGGCAGUGGAGAACGGCGAGGCCCGCGAGAGUCUGGACCGAGCCAACACGGAGAUGGCAGAGCUGGGCAUGACCGUCUGUAAGCUGAACGCAGAGAAGGAGGAGGCCACAGAGCUGUGGGCCGGCAGCGCCGCUGCGACCGAGGAGAUGGAGAAGGAGGUGGAGGAGCUGAGGAGGUGCAGGGAGGAGCUGCAGCAGGAGAACAACGCUUUACGAGGCGAGCUGGAAAAGAAGGAAAAGCUUCCAGGAGCCAUCGAGGAGCUCCAGGAACAACUGGAAAAGGCGAAAAACCAAGUUCAAAACAUCAGAGAGAGCUGUCAAGAAGAGGUGGAGGCGGUCCGGUUCCAGAUGAGCUCAGAGAACAUGAGCUAUCAGGUCCAGAUGAAGAGUGUCAGUGAGCAGUUGGAGAAAACGAAAGUUCAGCUGCAGGAGGAACUGAGCCGCCUGGAGAGUCUGGGUUCUAAAGUCUCUCAGCUGGAGGCCGUAAAUGAAGAAUUCUUGCAGCUCGUUGGUGAGAAAGACGCUCACAUCACCAAGACCGAAGCGUCCUUACGCGAGAGCGACGGCGAGAUCGAUCAGCUGAGAAACGCCGUCUCCAGCGCUGAGGAGGCCCACGCUGCUGCGAGGGAGAUGUGCGAGGAGCUGAAGCAGAAGCUGAAGACGACAGAAGCUGAGCGGCAGAACCAGCAGCUGAAGAUGACGGCGGAGAUCGAGGACCUGAACAGAACCAAAGCCAUUCUGGAGGAGCGGCUCAUCGAGCUGAUCAGGGACAAAGACGCUCUGUGGCAGAAGUCGGACGCCUUGGAGUUUGAGCAGAAGCUGCGAGCGGAGGAGCGCUGGUGGCUGGUGGACAACGAGGCCACGCACUGCCUCGGCUGUCGGGGUCAGUUCACCUGGUGGCUGCGCAGACAUCACUGCAGGCUCUGCGGUCGCAUCUUCUGCUACUACUGCAGCAACUACUAUGUCAAGCAGAGCGGGAAGAAGGAGCGCUGCUGCAAGGACUGUUACACGCAGGACGGCGCUGUGGGGGAGAGGUCCGCUCAGGCGGAGGUGAGCUCCUCCGAUGGGGCGUCUUCUCCCCCCGUUCCUGAGUCAGAGCCAUGCAGACCCACCCCCAGGGUAACAGCUGCAGACUCCAGCGACCGAUCAGAUGAUGGAGCGUUUGACAUCAUCACGGAGGAGGAGGUGAACGGCGUCUACGACAGCGACGCCGCCUCGCAGACCACAGGGGGGUCGGAGGGAGAACCAGAGCGGCGCCAUCAGGGAGCUCUGGAGACAGAUGUGACCCCUGAUGAGGAGCAUGUUCCCUCCGUUCAGGACUCUGAGAUUAACCUUCUUAAAUCAGGAGAAGUCACCAUGACCGUCCCUCUGAAUACUGAAGACAUCUCUCAGUUUGGGGACGGUUCCAGGGAGCUGUUCAUCAAGUCCAGCUGCUACAGCGUCAUCACCGUCGCCGUGAGCGACUGUGGGCCCACCAUCAGCUGGAUGUUCUCCUCGGAGCCCAAGAGCAUCUCCUUCAGCGUGGUCUACCGGGAGUCCUGGGACGCUCAGGUGGAGCAGUCCAAGGUCCUCAUUCCGCUGACUCGCUGUAAUUCCCAUAAAGAAACCGUCCAGGGACAGCUGAAGGUGCGGGCCCCGGGCCUCUACAGCCUCAUCUUCGACAACUCCUUCUCACGGUUUGUCGCUAAGAAAGUGUUUUAUCACCUGACCAUGGAGAAGCCCGUCAUCUAUGAUGGGAGUGACUGUCCCUGAGGGCCCCCCCCACCACCACCACCAGCAGCAGCAGCAGCAGCAGAAGAGGUCAAGAUGUCUGCAGCAGAGAAACCGACAUCUCCACAAUCCACAGAUUCCUCCUCUUGUUUAGCAACAUUUAGGAAUUGUUUUAAUGUCAAAGGAGUCUGUGUUUAGUCUUUUUAAAUGUUUCCCAAGUAAAUCCUUUUUUUUAGAUUUUCCUUUUAUUUACAAAGUAGUUUAAAGACUUUAAUUUCAGUAAAGUUCCUGAUUUUGUUCUAUUUCUGUGAUUAUAUUUGCUGUUUUUUUUUUUCUAUUUGCUGCAAAAUCCGGCAUUGACAAUCACUGAACACUACCAGUGUGCUUUUUAGGAAAAUAAACCGUCGACUGUGUGAGAAUAUAAAGAUUUAAGGACAUUUCUAAAGUUGGUGCUCCGUAAACAAACACAAUCUGUCCUUUAGAUGUUACCACCCAAAGAAAAAACAUGGAACUUUCAUGGGGCUUUUUCUAAAACAUUCAUGUUUUCUGUAAUAUUACUUUAGAAAUGAAAUACUAUUUUUGUAGUGUGCAACCUUCUGUUUGUACUGAGGCAUUUCUAGUCUUCCUGCAGUAUUAGAAAGUUCAACUGUUUCUGGGAAAAUGAGUGGAAACCUGCACAUAAAUCGUCUUCAUUCAGGUUUUACACUCAAACCACAUUUAUUUCCGUCAUUAAAGCCAAGUUUUAAUCCUCAUUCACAACAGAUGACACUUUCAAAGUGCCUUAAAAUUAGGCAAUGUCAUUUUAAAUAUGUGGUUCUGUUUUACGCUCUACAAUCUACAACAUAAUUAACACUUAACGCAUGAUAUUUUGCACAAAAUCGCACAUGUGUCAUCAUUGAUGUUUUCUUUGUUUUGUUUUGUUUAAAAAGCUUGAGUUUCUGAACUUUCUUAGAGAAUUAUAACACAACUUUUGUUCUACUUUCAGGGAUGACACUGUGGUAUUUUAUUCUAAGCCGACAUAAAAUAAAAUGUCAUUUUUUAACCCUAUAAAUCACCUGACAAAUAUAUAUAUGUGCUGUAUUUGGUACAAAUGUCGCUGAUCUGUGUGCUUUAAUGUACGGCAGAGAGAAUGACUUUAUCAUCUCGUACAUCAAUACCAAGUUUAUAUUUUAUAAGUUCUGUGUGACAGAAAAUAAAAGAUGUCUUCCUUUGCA